AUGGAAACUGAACUCUCCCCGGAGUUAGAAAUGGUUCGUAAGGCGGCACUGGAUGUUUUGAAGAACACCUACAGCCCCUACAGUAACUUCCCAGUCGGUGCUGCCGUGAUGGACAAGGAUGGGAAGGUCUACACUGGUGUGAAUAUUGAGAAUGCCUCAUUUCCUUGUGGUUGGUGCGCGGAAGUCAGCGCUUUCAGUAAUGCAAUCACUGCCGGUGCACGUGAAUUCGUAGCCAUGGCGGUGGCUGUGGAUCGGGAGGCAUUCAGUACACCUUGUGGUCGUUGCCGUCAAGUUAUCGUUGAGUUUUGCCAUGGAAAAAAUAUGCCACUUCUAUUGGUCAAUAAGAAAGGUGAAUCCAUGCUUACGAAGAUUGAAGAUAUUCAUCUCAUGGCCUUUGUUAAAGAUUGUAUGGACCAGUAA